AUGGCGACCUGCAUCGGGGAGAAGAUCGAGGAUUUUAAAGUUGGAAAUCUGCUCGGUAAGGGAUCAUUUGCUGGUGUCUACAGGGCUGAGUCCAUUCACACUGGUUUGGAAGUUGCAAUUAAAAUGAUCGACAAGAAAGCCAUGUACAGAGCUGGAAUGGUACAGAGAGUCCAAAAUGAGGUGAAAAUACAUUGCCAAUUGAAACAUCCUUCUAUCUUGGAGCUUUAUAACUAUUUUGAAGAUAGCAAUUAUGUAUACCUGGUAUUAGAGAUGUGCCAUAAUGGAGAAAUGAACAGGUAUCUAAAGAACAGAAUGAAACCCUUCUCAGAAAACGAAGCUCGACUCUUCAUGCAUCAGAUCAUCACAGGAAUGUUGUAUCUUCAUUCUCAUGGUAUAUUACAUCGGGACCUCACACUUUCUAACCUCUUACUUACACGUAAUAUGAAUGUCAAGAUUGCUGAUUUUGGUCUAGCAACUCAAUUGAAAAUGCCACAUGAAAAGCAUUAUACAUUAUGUGGAACUCCUAAUUAUAUUUCACCAGAAAUUGCAACUCGAAGUGCACAUGGACUUGAAUCUGAUGUUUGGUCCUUGGGCUGUAUGUUUUAUACAUUACUUAUUGGGCGACCACCGUUUGACACAGAUACAGUCAAGAACACUUUAAAUAAAGUAGUAUUGGCAGACUAUGAAAUGCCUCUGUUUUUGUCAAGAGAGGCCAAGGACCUUAUUCACCAGUUACUUCGUAGGAAUCCAGCAGACCGUUUAAGUCUGUCUUCAGUGUUAGACCAUCCUUUUAUGUCCCGAAAUUCUUCAACAAAAAGUAAAGAUUUGGGAACUGUUGAAGACUCUAUUGAUAGUGGACAUGCCACAAUUUCUACUGCAAUUACAGCUUCUUCUAGUUCCAGUAUAAGUGGUAGUUUGUUUGAUAGGAGAAGACUUUUGAUUGGACAGCCACUCCCAAAUAAAAUGACUCUAUUUCCAAAGAAUAAAAAUUCAAGUGAUUUUUCUACUUCAGGAGAUGGAAGUAGUUUUUAUACUCAGUGGGGAAACCAAGAGCAAGAAACUACUAAUAGUGGAAGGGGACGAGUAAUCCAAGAUGCAGAAGAAAGGCCACAUUCUCGAUACCUUCGUAGAGCCCAUUCCUCUGAUAGAUCUGGCACUUCCAAUAAUCAGUCUCGUCCAAAAACGUAUGCAAUGGAACGAUGUCAUUCAGCAGAAAUGCUUUCAAGGUCUAAAAGAUCAGGAGUGGAUAUAAAUGAAGGAAGAAACUCACCUAUAAACAGCAAUGCCAACAUUUUUCACUUCUUUAAAGAAAAGACAUCUGAUAGUUCUGGAUCUUUUGAAAGACCUGAAAAUGAUCAAGCACUCUCCAAUCAUCUUUGUCCAAGAAAAACUCCUUUUCCAUUUUCAGACAAGACAUCUCAUACUGAGGUGAUGCAACAGUGGUUUGGGAAUCUACAACUGAAUGCUCAUUUACAGGAACCUAUUGAACACAGCAUUAGCUUAAACAGAGAUUACCAGGGCCAUCCAGAUUCGCAGAAAGACACAUCAAGAAAUGCCUGGAGUGAUAAAAGAACCAAAAAGAACUCCAAUGCUUCUGAUAAUGUACAUUGUGUAAAACAGCCGGAUCCCAUGAAAUAUGUGCCUGCACUUCACAGCAAACCUGAGAUAAUUCAACAAAAAUCUAUAUUUGACUGUGAUCCUCCUCUUGAACAAAACAAGACUAGGGGUAUGGAGCCAUUCUCUGGUUACCAGAAACAGACAUUACGAAGCAUUACUUCUCCUUUGAAUGCUCACAGGUUAAAACCAAUCAGACAGAAAACUAAAAAGGCUGUGGUGAGCAUACUUGAUUCAGAGGAAGUGUGUGUGGAGCUUCUCAAGGAAUAUACAUCUCAAGAAUAUGUGAAAGAAGUUCUUCAAAUAUCUAGCGAUGGAAAUGUGAUCACUAUUUAUUACCCACAUGAUGGAAAAGAUUUUCCUCUUGCUGAUAGACCACCCUCACCUACUGACAAUAUCAGUAGGUACAGCUUUGACAAUUUGCCAGAAAAGUACUGGAAAAAAUAUCAGUAUGCUUCCAGAUUUAUACAGCUUGUAAGAUCUAAAUCUCCUAAAAUCACUUAUUUUACAAAAUAUGCUAAAUGUAUUUUGAUGGAGAAUUCCCCUGGUGCUGAUUUUGAGGUUUGGUUUUAUGAUGGAGCAAAAAUCCACAAAACAGAAGAAUUAAUUCAGGUGAUUGAAAACACUGGGAAAUCUUACACCUUAAAAGGUGAAGGUGAAAUUAAUAGCUUGAAAGAAGAAAUGAAAGUGUAUAUGGAUCAUGCUAAUGAGGGCCAUCGUAUUUGUUUAGCAUUGGAAUCUGUAAUUUCAGAAGAGGAAAAGAAAAGUCGAAGUGCUCCCUUUUUCCCAAUAAUUAUAGGAAGAAAACCUGGCAGCACGAGUUCACCUAAGUCCUUAUCACCUCCUCCUGUGGAUCCGAGUUACCCAAUGGUGAUGAAUAGUGCUACUUCUCUAAAACAGGCACCAGUACUUAAUCCUUCUAUGGUUGCAAAUGAAGAACUUGGCCUUACAGCUACAGCUUCUAGCAACUUUAAAGAUUGUCUUCCUAAAUCAGCACAGCUUCUGAAAUCUGUUUUUGUGAAAAAUGUUGGUUGGGCUACACAGUUAACUAGUGGAGCUGUGUGGGUUCAGUUUAAUGAUGGGUCCCAGCUGGUCGUGCAGGCAGGAGUGUCUUCUAUCAGUUACACAUCACCAAAUGGUCACACAACUAGGUAUGGAGAAAAUGAAAAAUUACCAGAAUACAUCAAACAGAAAUUACAGUGUCUGUCUUCCAUUCUUUUGAUGUUUUCUAAUCCAACUCCUACUUUUCAUUGA